AUGAGUGACGAUCUGAGUGCUUUCUUCGCCAAAAAGAAAGAUAAAAAGAAGAAGACCGCCGUGAAAAUCGAAGAAGUCGGUCAAGUACUCGAACGAAGAGCCAAACGACAGGAAGAGUUUGAGCAUGAGCAUGAAGAAGCUCCGGAGAAGCGAGUUGAAGAAGAGAAAACCACAAAUCAAGCUGAAGAAAGUGAAUGGAUCGAGUAUGGAGAGAGUCAAGGAAGACUCGAAGGAUUGAAAAUCAAGGAUAUGGGUCUCGAGAGUGAACAAGACCAAGUGAAUAACGAGGAGCCAGAAGAUCGUGAAGUUCAUGAAACCAAGACUUGGGGGCAAGUGAGCAGCGAAAAGAAGGCUACUGAAGAGACCGAACAAGCUGUGACCAUUUCCGACAAGGCUAUGGCAGCUGCUUACAAGCCACCAGCAUUAAGAAGACCUGGUGGAGGCGGAGUCUACAGACCACGAGGACCAGCUGCUAAUUUUGAUAUGAGCAGCGACGCCGCGUUCCCAUCUUUGGCAGAUGCUAGUAAAAUUGAAAAAGUGAAAAAGGAGGAGAGCAAGUCGCCCGGAGGAUGGUUGAAGGCCGGCGCUGGUGGAAGCUCUGGACCAUCAUCAAGUGGACCACCACGAUCAUACACAACUAUUUCGGGAAGUGGACGUGAAAGUGCUCUUGCUGCUGCUAAGAGCAUGUUGAGCGCAACAACCGCUGGCCCAACCCGGUCCGAGCCAACACCUUCCUCAGUACCUGCUGCUGCUUCGUCGGCUUCUUCCGCUUCUGCUGCUGCCGCUCCAGCCCCAGCAGCCAGUUUGGGAGCACCAAAGGCUGGAUCUUACGUUCCACCACACUUGAGGAAGCAACAAGCCUAA